CACGGACCCUCCACACAGCUCUCUGACCACGCCCUCCACCUAUCUGACCACGCCCCCACAGCUCUGACCACGCCACACGCCAGGUUGGUGUUGCAAAGUUACCUGCGUGGGCUAAUCGGUGUCUCGUCUUCUUUAUCUCGAUUCAUUGAAAGUACCGGUGAUUAACGUCGCUUCACGGCACGCGGGACGGCAAGAAGGCAGAGGAGGUGGUGAGGGUGGAGGGGGCCGGGUGGGCGGUCGACCUUUAAAGGAGCCCGGGUCGGGCUGGGUGGUGGAGAGAGAUUUUCGGGGCGGAAGUUGCGCGACUCGGGCCGUGGUUACGCCACACAAAAGUCGCUGCUACUUUGGCUGCCCGCCCGCCCGCCCGGGAAAGUGGCCGAGAUGUCGCACGCGGGACGCUCCUCGCGGCACCCGAACGAGUGGCAGCACGACCGAGACUCCAGGUACGAUGGACAGGACGGCGCGCAGAGCGCCUACUCGGGCGGCUACUCCCAGUACGAAGAACCCCAACGCAGCAGUGGGGGGCCGCUGAACUGCAAGUGCUGCAACAACGUCUGCACGAGGCGCGGAAUCCUGAAGCUCGCGGAGAUCUUGGUGAGCCUCAUGACGCUCAUCUGCGUGGCGGCCUCCCAGGCCUCCAUGGCGGGACACACGGCCAUGGGUGGCCUCAACCUGGCGUCGUCGAGCAUAAACAACAUGCCCUACAGCCCCUUCCAGGGCACGGAGAUGCAGCAGGUGCAGGAGCUCGACAGGGCCUACAGCCAGAUGCGCUCGCCGGCCGUGUACGGCGGCGUCGCCGUGUGCAUCUCGCUCUUCUGCAUGACGCUCGGCAUGCUCGUGGGCGGCACGAAGCAGGGCCUGCGCGGCUCGCGCCGGUGGGUGAUCGCCGACUUCGUCUUCUCCCUGCUGGCGUUCGUGCUCAGCGUCGUCGGGGUGGCCCUCUACCUGACCGUGGUCAUCAACGUCAACGCCACGGACACCUGCAAGAAGCGCGAGCAGGUCUACGCCGGGCGCGGCUACACGUGGAUGAACUGCUCCGUGCAGGGCGGGGACGCCGCCACGGCGCUGUUCGGCAUAAUCCUGGCCAUCCUGUACGUCGUGAGCACCGUGUUCGCGGCCUUGAAGCUGCGCCAGUUCCAGCGGCACGAAGGGAAGGCGCGCGCCGUAAACGGGAACGGCGGCGGCGGCGGCGAGAGCGCCAUGCCCAUGACGUGGUCACCCAAAAGCAGUUACCGGGUGUCGGAGCCAUCGACGGCGCUUUGCCAGAGCGAGCCGCCCUCCGUGCCGAAGCCCCAGGCAGACAGGCCCAGGCGUUCGCGGAACCACUCGCGUGAAAACGACCUGUAUGUGUAGCUCGCCCUCCCCCCCCCACCCGUGUACCGUGGCUUUCAAUAGAGACGUUCCAUCCUGUGACUAACUUUUUUUUUUAAAGGUGUCUUCAUGGUCAAGUGAGCAAAAGGGUGGCGUAAUCAACACGAAUUGGGCUGUUUUCAUGCCAGGCCAACCACUGAUGACCUCUCAUGAAGUGGUACUUAGUUUAUGGACCGCAGAAAGAUGAGAGACUUAAUUCCAUCCCAAACUGAGAUUUCAACUCGCUACCUUUUUUUAAGCGUUGAGUGUUCUAACUAGUGGCAGAAGAAAAAUACCGUUGAGUUAUUUUUCAAUGUUGGCCGAGCAUGGUUUUUAUUUGUGUAUGUUUAAGCUAUGCUUUUAAGUCUUAAUUAAGUGUUUUUUUUAAAGUGAGGAUACCAAAGAUAGGGAUAGCCGAGCAAUCGGUGCGACUGCCACAGUACAUAUUUGCACAGCCAAAGGUGAGUUUAGUUAGUGAUAUAUUUUGAAACCUUGCCAUUGGUUGACAUGAAGUCAUUCACGAGACUGGACUUUUGUUUUUCAGCAUCCCGAACAAGUCUCACAUUUACAAAUCACCUGUGCCUAAAGUGAUGAAGCCUAUGAUCACAUCACCCUGAACAUCUCUGAUCUCAUCAGAGCUUGGAAGCUAGGCAGCAUCUGAACCUUGACGGUGCUUGAAUGGGCGGCCACCUUGCAUCAAACGUCGUGUGGAGUGAAGCAAAAUCCAUUGCUGUACUGCACAUCUAUGCUCCCCACCUUCACCAACCCGAUCACCGUGGUAAAGUGUGGUCAGUUAACACCCAUGACCCACUCGGCAUGGCGAGGUCCCUCAUCCAACAGUGCAUUUACAAAAGGGCUGUACGUGCAAAAUUGGUUAAAACUUGGAUGUAAUUAAGGUCCAUAGAGAACUAUACACGAACCUGUAACGUUACAUUGGUAUUUUUUUGGUAUAUAAUUCACAAUCUGCUUUCUGUGAAUGUGCAUGAUAUGUUAUCAAUGUGCUCGUGCGUAAAAAUGUUUUGAGAAUUGAGCCAUUCGGACUUUCUCAGGCAAAGGGCGUUUCUCCGUUCCCCCGUGGAGCGUGCUGCUUCAUUUCGGUUAAAAAUGUCGAUACGUACACAUGACCUUUUAAAGGGGCACGUGCUAUUCCAUUGGAACUAUCGCGAUGAUCAUCACACCAUGAACAUUCAUGUCGUAAAGUGAAAAAUGACAUCGCGGCAACCCGAGCUGUCCGCUUUGCUGUGGUGGUAAUCAUGACGACGAUUUGAGAUCGCACUCUGGCAACUGUUGCUGUGGGCACAAGGUGACACAGCACCUGGCCUGCAAAUGGGCAUUGUCUGCCAUUAGGGGUUAUUGAUUGCUGUGUGUUAUCCCAAGAAAGCUUGCUACCGACUGCUCACAAUUGUUAAGAUUCAGCGGGAUGGCAGGCACGCCCCGAAUCCCGGUUCACGACGCUGGUCCAUGCAAGGUUGGUAAAGGCGGUGAUGGUGGGGAGAAUAUACGUCGGCAGUGUGGUACAAUGGAUUUUUCUACACUACCCUCUGCGGGCAACUCCUUGCAAUGCCGAUUGAAAUAAAUGUUAAUGACGUUUCUAUCAUCGGCUGGGUUCAUAUAUACUGUUUGAAAUGUGUAAAUACUGUGUUGUACUUAAAACAAACUUUUUUGUAAAAUGCAUUUACUAAGAUACUUUUAGACUACCCCUCAUUUUAGGGGAAAUUAAUCUCACAACGUGAACUCAUAUGAGCAGACGGUUGGAGCUUAAGCACAUUAUGGGUUAUUUUAAAUAUGGUUGUUUAAAUAAACGUGGUGAACUGUAA